AUGCAGUUACUGAAUUCAAAUGAAGUAGCUUCGGAUGCCGAAGCCAGCGAAAUUGAAAAGCCGCAAGAAGUUUUGGAAGCCCAAUAUUCGAAAACUGGUAAGGAAGCGGGAACAACACCAUUCGUUGUGGAUAAUGCUGUAACUGUUCCAAAUAGACUGCGGAAUGAUGAAGAAAUUGAGUUAAGAAGCCCAAUAAAAAAGCUUUUUAAACGAAACGAUGACGUGAUGGACAGGGUUCUUAACCAAGUGGAUUUCGAAAAAAAAUUCGCAAGUUUGCCGGCGUUCACUCCAGAUGACCCGCAGAAAGGUUCACGUUCCGAAUUUUUUUGUGUAAACAAUUUUUAUUUUAUGCUUUCUUUGGAACAAAACGAUGGCACUGUAGAAGGUACAUCAUCGUUGCCAUCAACACCUUCUGCUCUUCUACGAACAAUUCUGGAAAAGAAAUGCAGCAGGCGUGAUAACGACAGGAAGGAUUCUCCGCUUAGCACUCCACGUACACCGCGCACAAUACAUUCGACCCCAAAGACUCCAGGAACUGAAGAUUCCGGAGAAUUUGCUGUGUUGUUUUUCAAGAAUUAUUUGGUGUUCGCUAAGGAUGAGUGUGUAUCUCCGUUAACGCAGUACAGUCCCCGAACACCGAACACACCUCUGGAUGGUUGUGCUGAGAAGUCAACAAGCCGCAGAUUGCUCGACCAUCGCAGACAGCUUGUUGUUGAACUGCUGGAAGAAUAUGGAAUGUUCCCAACAGGACAAGCAACAUCGGCUUUUCAAAACAAGUAUCGGCAAUUCUUUCCCAAUAAACAAACACUGACACUGAAAAUUCGUGAAGUUCGCCAGAAGAUGAUGGCAAGCAUGCAAUCCCCGCUGACACCUUCUUCCGAUUGCAUAUCUCAGAAACCGGACAGCUGUGUUAUAAAUCAGUCCGCUUAUGCUUCACUGGACGAGCCUUGCUAUGUGAGCGACAGCAGUGAUUUGAGCGAGCAGCAUCUUUGUUCUUUGGAUAACAGCCACAAAUCAGCGUUUAUACCAACUGGACCGACUGCUAUGUCGUACAAUUCGUCGUUAGUUUCAAUGCAGUACAUUCCUCCGAACAUCAAUGUUAACAGUGUAUGA